AUGACCAAGAGGUUUGGUAAACAUGUCUGCAGGGUUGUCGUUUGUAUCAACUCGAAGGAUUUCAACGUCUCCUUCUUCAACACGUUCGCGAAUGUAGUGAUAGCGAACAUCAAUGUGUUUGAUACGACGUUCCUGAAUGGGAUUGGUGCCGAUAAAGAUGGCUCCAUUGUUGUCCGUGUUAGGAAUACAAUGCACAUGUCACCUCUAUUCCAUUUACGGGUACAAGGAUGCCCAAUUAUGUACGAACGUUUCAUGUAUCCUUAUACGGACAUUCUAUUGUUCUCUGAUCUCGGAUAUAUUAAGUAG